AUGUCUUCUGACGAGCAGGAUGCCCUUGACGCGCUAGAAAGAGAGGCGUCGGACUUUACCAAGGACGCCGAGAUCGAUCGCAUCCGAAAGGCUUUCUCAUUAGAUGCCUACGCUGUCCUCGACCUCCAACCAGGAGUCCCCGACUCCGACAUCAAAGUCCAAUAUCGCAAGAAAUCCCUCCUGAUCCAUCCCGACAAAACGAAAAACCCAGCCGCCCCGGACGCCUUCGACCGUCUAAAGAAAGCCCACACACAGUUGCUCGACGAGAAGGCCCGCACGUACCUGGAUGAAUGUAUCGCGGACGCGCGCCGGCUCUUGAUCCGCGAACACAAGUACACGUUGGACUCCCCGGAGCUGAAGACCGAGGAAUUCAAGAAGGAAUGGCGGCAGAAGACGGUGCAGGUGCUCUUGGAGGAGGAGGCGCGGCGGCGACGACAGAAUAAGGCGCGGCUGCAGGAGGAAGGACGGGAGAGGCGCAAGGAAGAAGAGGAGAUUGAGGAACGGAAGCGGAAACGAGACCAGGAUAAGGCAUGGGAAGAUAGUCGCGACGAGCGAAUCGGCAGCUGGCGGGAUUGGCAAAAGGGCCAGAAGAAAGGGGACGGGGAGAAGAAGAAGAAGAAGAAGUUGAAGGUGCUUGGGUGA